CACUCAGCCCAAGAUGUACGCUCCAUUUUUCCUAAUUUCUCCCAUGUUUCCUCCUCUCUAAGAGCCCUGUGCCAGGAUCCCCGGGAUCUCUUAGCACAGCCCCUCCCCCUCAUGAAUACACCAUUGUUAUGUAAGGGCUUCCCCCUCCCUCCUCUACCUCUCUGGGGAUGCCCAGCCUCCAGCCUCUCUCUGCUCUCCUCAGGACUGGACUGCCGUUCAGGAGUUGCUGUUCCAGGGAUAGUCUUGCCUGCCUCCCGCUGGAGUGCAUUUCUUUGGUCCCAGGCUUCCUCACACAUGGGGCCCGCCUGGGCCCAGGCCCACCUGGCAGGUGAUCUCUGGCUGCCUCUGCUCUGGCUACUCCUGUUUCCGACCUGCUGCUCCCAUGACCCCCCAGGUUGGCGCUUCACUUCCUCUGAAAUUGUGAUCCCCAGGAAGGUGUCCCACAGAGUACGUGGAGCCGCAACACAAGGCCAGCUCUCCUACAAGGUUCGCUUCAGUGGCCAAAGACACGUGCUUCACAUGAGAGUCAAGAAGAGCUUGCUGCCCAGACAUUUUCCUGUUAUCACCGAUAACGACCAGGGCACCAUGCAGGAGGACUACCCUUUUAUCCCCCGAGACUGUUACUACUUUAGCUACCUGGAAGGGGUUCCUGGGUCCAUGGGCACACUGGACACCUGCUAUGGGGGUCUGCGUGGCAUGCUGCAGGUGGAUGACUUCACUUAUGAAAUCAAACCACUGGAGGCUUCUUCCAAAUUCGAGCAUGUGAUUUCUCAGCUUGUGUCACAAAAAACGCCAGCAGAGGAUGCAAAAUGUAAGAUUGAAAGGAAAGAUACAAAUCAAGCAUAUGAGGAGGCGAUGAUUGCUGAGAUGCCUAGAGCAGCUCCUGUGUAUUUGUGGUGGCCGCAUAGGAAAUACUUAAAAGUUCACUACACAGUUUCUAACUCAUUAGUUACUCAGAACCCUAAUCAUACACGUAUAAUAGAGAAUGUAGUGAUUAUAAACAACAUAUUGCAUAGCAUUUUCUACCAGGGUCACCUUCAGGUUUUGAUUCGUCUUAUGUGCAUAUGGGAUGGCAUGGAUAAGAUGGAUUUAUAUGGCUGGAGUACUGCUGCAGCUGCAGUAUCGGAAUUUGGUUUAUGGAAAUUGUGGGGAUUCUAUUCAGAAAUUCCUCAUGAUACUUCAAUGCUUUUCACAGGACAUAAAAUCGCUGGAUCCACAUAUUAUAGCAGCCAUGAAGGAAUAUGCAACCCCAAUUGGGGAGCAUCAUUUGUAUUUGUUUCAAAUUAUCACAUAUUUUUAGCUUCAACUGUCGCAGCACAUGCAAUAGGUCAUGUUAUGGGCUGUCUACACGAUGGUCCAGGUUGUCACUGUUUUCGAAGAGAACACUGCAUCAUGGCUCCUGAGCCUGGUCUUCUAGAUAUGAUGAGCAAUUGUACGUAUAGCCAACUGCAUCGGCGGGUUUCUAUGUGGGAUCCUUGUUUGAGUAUACCAAAUGUACCAUACCAUAAUUUUCCUUAUGUAGCUCCUCGCUGUGGUGACAAGAUCAUAAAUCAGAGGGAAGAAUGUGACUGUGGCACCUUAAAAGACUGUGCUAGGGAUCCGUGUUGUCAGAACAAUUGUGUCCUCACCAUUGGCAGUGAUUGUGAUGAAGGAAGUUGCUGCUUUAAGUGUAAAUAUGCUCAACCUGGAGCUCUUUGCAGAGAUACUCUUGGUAUUUGUGAUCUACCAGAAUACUGUAACGGGACAACGCAUGUUUGUCCAUCUGACGCUUAUAUCCAGGAUGGAACCCCAUGUUCGCCAUUAGCUGUUUGUGUGAAGGGAAACUGUAGUGACCGUGAUAUGCAGUGUCAAGCCCUCUUUGGCUAUAAAGUAAAAGAUGCCGCACCAGCAUGCUAUAAAACAUUGAAUAUCAUAGGUGACCGAUUUGGGAACUGUGGUGUGAGGUUGCUUCGAGGAGGAGGAAAACCUGUAAAAUGUGAACAAGAUGAUGUUCUGUGUGGAAUGCUGCACUGUGCUAAUGUGGAGGAACUUCCUGGUGGUGGGGAGCACACUACGUUUCAUCAUAUGGUAGUACAAGAUAUUAAACCAGAAAGCUGCUUUGGGUACGAUGCCCACUUUGGGACAGACUCACCAGAAAUGGGGCUUGUAGUGGAUGGUGCAUCAUGUGGCCCAGGAUCAUACUGUAAGAACCAAAAUUGUACUUUUUUUCAAGACAUGCGUUUUGACUGUGAUGUCAAGAUGUGCAAUUACAGAGGGGUAUGCAACAACCAAAGACAUUGUCACUGUCAGCAAGGUUGGAAACCACCAAAUUGUAGCGAGAGAGGACCAGGUGGCAGUGUAGAUAGUGGCCCCCCACCUGACAGAGAAAUAGGUAUUCGAGCCAGGCUACUAAUGAAUAUAAACAGAGGAACAGCUCUACUGCUUUUUCGUCUUUUCCUUCUUUUGCUUUCAGCGGUUAUAGGUGCCUUUUACUAUGUAAAAGAUAUUAUGGAAAAUGAAAAAUAAACUGUUGGAAAAAAUAAUCCCUUGA